UGCGCGCUCGUCUCGGAAGUGGAGGCGGAGGCGUGGUUGCCGGGGUGACGGCGGGAUGGGGAAAGAGCAGGAGCUUCUGGAGGCCUCCCGCACCGGUAACCGGGCAGCGGUAGAGAGGUUGUUAGGGGGGAAACGGUUGAGUGGGGCCGGUCCAGGAGGAGCCUCUGGGGGCGGAGCUGGAGUAUCUGGAGGAGGGUCUUCUUCCAGUCACCCGCUAAGCAGCCUGCUCAGUAUCUGGCGUGGCCCCAAUGUGAAUUGUGUUGAUAGCUCAGGAUACACCCCUUUACAUCACGCCUCUCUUAAUGGACACAAGGAAGUUGUGGAAGUUCUUCUGAGGAAUGAGGCUGUGACGAACAUUGCCGACUGUAAAGGUUGUUUUCCUCUGCAUCUUGCAGCAUGGAAGGGAGAUGCUCAAAUAGUACGACUUCUCAUUCAUCAUGGACCUUCCCAUGCAAAAGUCAAUGAACAAAAUGUCCCAGAAGUGAAAAAGUAUGGCCCUUUCCAUCCUUAUGUGAAUGCCAAGAACAAUGAUAAUGAGACGGCUCUACACUGUGCAGCCCAGUAUGGGCACACUGAAGUGGUUCGUGUUUUGUUAGAAGAGCUGACAGACCCUACGAUGCGCAACAACAGGAUGGAAACGCCACUUGAUUUAGCAGCUCUGUAUGGACGCUUGGAAGUAGUGAAACUUCUUCUCAAUGCACAUCCUAAUUUGUUGAGCUGCCACACACGCAAGCAAACCCCUCUUCAUCUGGCUGCUCGCAAUGGGCAUCGAGCAGUUGUCCGUGUCUUGCUGGAUGCUGCUAUGGAUAUCAAUUACCAGACAGAAAAAGGAAGUGCGUUACAUGAAGCUGCCUUGUAUGGAAAGACUGAUGUGGUACAGGUGCUCCUAGAUGCAGGAAUUGAUAUCAGCAUCACAGAUAACAAGGGAAUGACAGCACUGGACGUUGUACAAGAGGUGCCUUCACAAAAGAGCCAGCAGAUAUCAUCUCUUAUCCAGGGCCACAGUGCAACCAGGCAACCCGCAAAAGAUCCAGAUCCAGAACCAGCAGCCAAACCUAGUACAUCUGUCUGUAUAGAUUCACAUGCAGGUGGAAUGCAGAGAGCACUCUUGGAUUUGCGGUUGGACUUGGACAGCAUCUCGCUGACGGAGUCUCCUUAUGAAGCACUCUAUAACGCCUCCUCCUGCCACUCUUUGGAUAGCAUAUGCAGUGGACGAUCCUCUGAUAGGGACUCUCUGUGCCGUGAAAUUGCAAAAACACGAAGGAAGGAACGACCACCUCCACCUGCUAAACCUCCACCAGAAGAAGAUGAAGACUUUGAGAGGAGACAGAAUGCAGGUGCUAACCGGGAUGCUCAUGCACAUGUUAGUCGGGAAGAAGAGAACCCCUAUGAGCUCCUGCUUACUGCCGAGACCAAAAAGCCUGAUGAUCAAGGGCUAAUGCAUUUGGAAGGGGAUAAUGCUAACUCCCAGCCUCAGGUCAGAGCGCGUCACCCUGCACACGCACAUGAUCCAUCUUCUCCUGCAAAUCGCCGUGGUUCUUCUGAUUUGUCCAGUGGUCAUUCUGAAGGGGAAUCGCAUGCAUCUGAGAGGCCAAACAGUGGGCAGCGGAGGAGUAGUUCAGGGGGUUGGAGUUUGACGUCUGCUGACAGCUCUGACUCCCAUCUGCUUCAGCACUUCUCUGGGCUCCUUCAUGGUUCUUCUCCAGUGUGUGAAGUCCGAGAUCCGCCUGUACCCUGUGAACCCUCCAGCAUGGACAGCUGUAGAAACGGUGCUGCCUCUCGCAUGGAGUUGCCACUUCGUCGUAGUCUGUCCAAGUCUGAUUCGGACCUGUUAACAUGUUCACCCCCAGCAGUUGGUGAGGGAGAAGACUGGAACCGCAGCGAGUCUCUCACCAACUGUGCAGCUGGGGGCAGCAAGAAAAGACUAGAGAAGUCCCCUUCCUUCACUUCAGAGUGGGAUGAGCAGAGGCUCCAGUUGGCCCCAGAAUCUUCCCCCAAGCAAUACAUCGAUAAGAUAAUGAGUUCCAUUGGUCAGGGUAUAGAGUUUUCCCAAGAGCAACAGGUCAUAGCAGGAUCCCGUGGACCAGGUCAGAGUGUAGCUCAGUGGUUAGACGCUCUUGGUCUCCUGCAAUAUGAGAGCAAGUUUGUGCUAAAUGGAUUUGAUGAUGUGCGCUUCCUGACAGACAAUAUAUUGGAAGAUCAGGACCUUGUAGAUAUUGGAGUCACAGAUGUGGAACAUCGUCGCCGACUUCUUCAGGCAGCCCAUUUUUUACCAAAGCCAUUCCCGCUGUCGUGGGAUCAGUCUGUAACCUCAUGGCUGCGUAAUCUUUCCCUCCAGCAGUAUGCUUCCAGUUUUUUAAGCAGCGGCUAUACCUCUAUGGAUACGCUUCGAAGUUUGUGGGAACUUGAGAUUGUCAAUGUGCUAAAAGUUAAUUUAUUGGGACACCGAAAAAGAAUCUUGGCCUCGCUUGCAGAAAGACCAUGUGAGGAUCCUCCUCAGAAACCACCUCGAUUCUCACAGUUACGGAGUCAUGAUAUUCUCCCUCGGUCUAUGCCAUCCAUUCCAUUUGGUGAGCAGGAUGCCGGACUAGAUUCUGGAAGAAGUAGGAUAGAAGGCGCAGAAAGCAGGGAGCACCACAAAGUGGUGGCAUCUACAAAAGAGGAUGAAUCUAGGUUAACGUUAAGACCUCCAAAUUCAGCCACCUCAUAUGCACCUCUACAGAACUGGCAGCACCAACCGGAAAAGCUAAUUUUUGAGUCCUGCAGUUAUGAAUCCAGUUAUUUAGGAUCAAUGCAAAUCAAAGAUUUAAGAGGGACAGAGUCCACCCAAGAUGCCUGUGCCAAAAUGAGGAAGUCCACGGAGCAGAUGAAAAAAACUCCAAGAAUCACUCUUUCCAUCAGCUACAAGGGUGUCAAGUUUAUUGAUGCAUCAAAUCAGAAUGUAAUAGCAGAACAUGAAAUUCGAAACAUAUCCUGUGCGGCUCAGGAUCCUGAAGACUUAUGCACCUUUGCCUAUAUUACAAAGGACCUGCAGACCAGCCACCAUUACUGCCAUGUGUUCAGCACUGCCGAUGUGAACCAGGCCUAUGAAAUAAUUCUGACCUUAGGCCAGGCUUUUGAAGUUGCAUAUCAGUUGGCCAUUCAGGCACAGAAAUCCCGUCUUCCUGAAGCUGUUGUCUCCCGACCAUCAAAGCCGGUUCCCAAGCCACGUGGCAGCAUAAGGAGGCAAAAUACCGAACCAGUAGAAUGUGAGCAGCCUGCCGCCUCUCAUAGUAGUGUGGCAUGGACAGUGGACCCCAAGCAGUAGACAUGAGCCUGCAUCAAAGUUCUGGACGACGUAUUGCAGUCGAUGGACCUCUGCAGUUCUUGAUUUUUCCUCCAAUACCACCUCUACUAGGAAAAGAAGAUAUAACCAGAGCCUUGACUGACUCAAAAAAUGGAAUGGCCCUGUACCAGUUAAAAAAUGUCAAACUUGUCAGUGGCUUUUAAAAGGGAUCAGUUAUUUUCCCUCCCUCUGUUGUUUUUCCAAGGAAACCUUAAGGAUAUGCAGGGAAAGAGAUUGAAGUCAACUCUUCCUUUAACAAGACUCUCAAACAUGUGUUUGAAUUCCAGCAGUCACAAGACUGCUAUGUGCCCCAUACCAUUUUUUUUUUUUUUUUCUGGGGAUAACUGCACAGUUACUCCUGUCACAACUAAUGUAGCACUUUUGAGGAUGAUGGUAGUAGUUCAGGAGCCCAUUGAAGGCAUUGUGAGGCUUUUUUUUAUUAUUGAUAGAUUUGGAACAGGAGUACACGAACAACCCUCCACUUAUAUUCAAACUAGCGGUAUGGUAGUAGUUGUACUGAAUUUUACUAAAUAUUCAGGCAUGAGUUAGGGCUUUGAGUGUAAAAAUAAAGCUGGUCUUAAAGAUCCUGGAACUGGAUCAACUAGUCCUUAAAGCAUCUAAAUGGUGCUGGCCGUUAAGCUGUAAGAUGUAGGGGAUACUUACAUUCUCUUUGGUAAAUUUGUUUCCUGUGCUAUUACAUAUGUUAAAAAUGCCAAGCAUUGUGCUUCACACAGAUGUCUACAAAGGGCCAUGUAACUGGACUUUAUGCAGUCAUCCUAUUUUUUUCUUUUUUUUAUGGAGCAGUUGGGUGUUAGUUUGUAUCUAUUUAGGAGGGUACAUUUUUUCUAUCAUCAAUCCUCCUUUUUACAUGACCAUAUCUAAUUGGGCAAGAUUGGCAUUUUUUUCAAUUUUUUUUUCUUCUCUACAUGAAACAGAAAAGUCGCAGCUCUUCCAACCUGGUGACUUGCUCAUUCCCUAGAAGAGUUCAGCUCUGGAAGAACAUUGUGUAUUUUGCCUGCCCAAAGGAACUUCAGUAUAUCUGGCGCUACUGAUGUGCCAUCUGUACCACCACACUAACAUUUUUAGUCAGUACUAGUUUAAAGCUGCUAUAUAUUAUCCUGUAUUUAUCUUCUAGUGAAUGAUUUAUUUUUUUUAAGUGAUAUUUGGAUAUGCAUUUGAUGACUGGUACAAUCGACCUUUGUUCCUUAACAAUGUGGAUUCUAGCCUUAGAGAUGUAAUGAAUUAAUAAGUUGCUCUCCUGAAGAUACAGUAGUGGUUGUUCCAUAUAGAGUCCCUUGCCACACCCUGUCCUUUUAAACUUGCUGGAUCAUGGUCUGAUAUGGCAGAAGAUGUCUGCACAUGGAUAAUGAAUGCAUUGAACUUUAAUCACGCUGAAUAUCUCUAUACAUGGAUAAUGAGCACUGAUGUAUAUUAAGGCUGGGAUUCUUACUUUGAUUAUAUGCUGCGCUGUAUAAAAAAAAAAUCUUUACACUAACAAGAAACUGUAAAAUAGCUACGCAACUCGGUACGGAAAAUGUGUGUUCGAUAAUGAAGACGGUACAGUUCAGUGCUAAAUAUUUUUUCAUCAUACCUUGAUGAGUAUAUGUUCACAUAACCAAGGACUUUAAUGGUUAUAAUUUCCUUUCAUAAGCGGUUCUCUUCUCAAUGUUGUAAACCCAUCUAUCUGCCAUACAACAUAAACAUGGGUAAAAUUAAAUGGAGCCAAUCUCUUAAAUGAAAUCACAGCCACUAAAAUGCUCAGACUUUUUAGGGUGCAGGCUGAACUGGGGGAAACACUUUUCUGUAUGCACCUGUAAAUGGGCAAGUUCAAGCCAGAGAAAAUGUUUAUAUUUUAUUGUUACAAACUCUCGACACUUGGUGUUCCUUUAUUUUUUAUUUUUUUAUACAAGGGCUUAUAAACUCAAGCACUUUUGCUGUUUCCAUGAUAUAUCUUAGUGGAGUUUCAGUCACCAUUUUAUCUCAGAGCUCAAUGGACAGUACACAGAUUAUAAAAGCUCACCGUUCACCCUCCAGUAUAUGGUAACCAUGGUUUCAUGGAAGAUACUUGGACCUUGUGUUGUGUUCAGCACCAAUCCAAGUGUUCUGUUUCUUGGGCCGCAGUUAAAGAACUACAAUGAUUACUAUUUGUAUCCAGACUUUUUUGCAUAACCCCAUUAUUAUGUUUGAUCAUUUUCAGUCAUUUCCUUAAUCAUCAGCAGCUUUAGAUGUUUAAAACUAAAAAUGCUGCCUAAGAACAGGUUCCCACAAGGUCUCUGAUAUUACUGCUUUAUCCAGCACAGCCUUUUGUGAGCUCCUGUAAUAUUGGUUUCACAUCUCAACUGACGUACAAGGCUGUGCUCCAACUACGAGUGAUCUGUCUUGUGAGAGUGCUCUUAAAGGCCUCUGAAUUUCUGGACAGGGCAAGCCAAGCAAAACCACAGGCUAGUAACGGUAAUAACUCGUCAUGCCUGCUCAUUGGGAGACCCCCCCCCUUUUUUUUUAUUAAAGCGUUAAAUCCACAGAUUGGUUCAGUGUAUGGCCCUAUGUAUAAGAACAUAUCAGCACACCAGGCCCUUAGUGAUCUCAACAGCCCAUUAUUUUAAAGCAAUCCUAAAUUUUAAUUAGACAAGAGUUUUUCUGUAACAUUUAGGGAAACUCCGUUUUCACUAACUGCUGAGCUCUGUUUUAAAGAGUGGUUAACUGGAUCUUGUGCCUGAAGACACAUGGAAGCAUGCCUGUGUGUACGAAAUCUCAUAAUAAUUCAUGUUUUUGGCAAGUGGUACAUGUGAAUUAUUCUUUUUAUUUUUCAAUUAAAGGUUAGUAUUGGUAAAUAAUAGCAUAAAAAUAGUUGGUUUAGUUUUUGUAUAUAUUUUUUUCAUUUUUAAGUAAAAGUAAACUCUUGGCUUUUUGAUUCCCCUUAGCCAAAGUGAACUUUUCAAAACUGAUUUGUGCAGAUUUUCUACCCAGGUAAAAUAUUAGACACACAAUGAAAACACACGGUCUCGACUGCUAAACAAAGUAAGAUACCCUUAUGUCUAUAAUUAUGAAUAGUUAAAGGUAGCACAUUAUAUCAUUGGAGUGUGCUUUUAAGUGUUACUAACAUCUAGUCUGUUUUACAAACAUAUCUGCUUGGCUUCAGUUGAGAUUUCAGGCAUCUAUUUGGAAGCAGUGGGUCUGCAUGUAUCUGAUAUGUGUUCCUGACCACACGUGUGGUAGGAAUUAAGAAAAGAUGGGGCUUUGAACACAAGUUGACUGUGCCACUCAGCUGCCAGGUGUAUAUAUUUCUUUGUUGCACUUCCUUUUCUGCCUUUCUCACAUUUUAUUAGCUUGCUUUAAAUCUCAUAAUUUUCUUUUCAUUAGUCUUCUUUUAUGUGUAAUGCAGCUUUCUGGUAUGGAAAAUUGAACUUGUUUUUGUGUAAAAAAAAAUAAGCCAUACUGCUGGGAAAUCUGAUUAAAAUUGUGCUGUUGCAACCGAUUUUUAUUUUUCCAACCCAUACAGUUUUAUGGAUUUGGUCACAUGUAAUUCAUAUACAAUAAAAUUGUGACUAAAAUAAGAACUUACUGGUACAGUAGUUCCCUACUACAGACAUGUUGGCUAGAAAGCCAAUAAAAGUUUAAUCUUGAUUAUUUUAAUAGUUUUUGACAUAUGGUGUAGAAAUAUUUUCUGUUUCAGUGAAGGUUAAGUAUUUUCAUCUUUAAGAUGUUUCCUAUUGCCUUUUUGAAUAGCUUUUCUUCAAAGUUGACCUGUGGUGCAUAUAGAGCAAUAACUCCUUUUGCCUGGUGCUAUGUUUAUGGAGUAAGUGGUCCAGACGGUUGAGCAUAGCAAUUUCUCAUACCCUUCUGUUACUACAUUCCUGCCCAAAUACAGCAUUUGUACCAUCUACAGCAUAAUUUUAAAAUGGGCAGGAAUUAUGUAUACAAGGAGAAACCAAACCGAAAAUGAUUUCUAAACGUGCCUUCUUGGACCCUUAAAUUUUGAGUGUGAACGUUGAGGUUUGUAUACAGAUGUAUAAUGUAGCUAAAUUGGCACAACUGGUCUAAUUAUCACAGACACAUGCAUGAUAGAAACACAGCCCCAACUCAUUUUGUUUUGAAUUUUUUUUUUUUUCUAAAACUUGCUGCCAUUUUGUUUCAUCUUUAUGCAUAUGCAAGACAUAUAAAUGUAAUGGUGAUAAACCUGCUAGACCAGAUGAUCAUGCCAUAUUUUCUCUUGUAAUUUGUAAUAUGACUGCAAGUCAUUUUAGAGGCCUCAAUCCAUAGCAGUCAUAUAUAAUAUAUUCUUUAUUUUCCAUGUUUACAGCUAAGCAGUAAAGUAAUUAAGGUUGGCAUGAAGAUUGUGUCUCUGUGAUAUCAUUGUGUGGCAGCAUGGUUUAUAUUCCAGCAUGUCUGCAUGACACUGGAGUAAUAAAACCUGUGGUGUGCAUAAUGGCUGCAUCUACUCAUAGGGAUCAGUUUCUGCUUGACACUCUUUCCAAUCACAUUUGUGAAACAGAAAAUGAAAACGCCCGUCUGCACUUUACAUUAAGGGAAACGGGGUACAGAAGUUGAUUAACAUGUUUCUCAUGGCUAAACUUUGUAUGGCAUUGAAAAUUAGUGAAGGGACUUGGAACUGUACAACCAUCUAGAAACAAAUUCAUCAAGUGGAUAGGCCCAAUAACUUUUUCUUAUUAUAACACUUUUACAUAUGAAUGUGCUGUAUUAUACUCUUUUAAUUGUUUGGCUUGAAUAGUACAUGUUUGUGUAUGUAUGAGCAGAUGUUCUUAGAAUGCAUAUUGGGAACAAAUAUUUGACAAUUCACACUAAUUUAUUCAUAUUUGAUAACUCUUUGGGAGUUUGGAAUCCUAGACUGCUGUUUAAUUGUAAUAAUAAUCUUUAUAAGUACUGUUAAACUUUUUUUGUUUUCAGGCCCAUUGGUUCUCAUCUUGCCAAUGUUCAUGUAUGUAAUGUCUCUUAGAUUUUUGUUUUCUACACAAAAGGGUACUUGUCCCUUGUAUGGCUGUUAUUGUGAGCGAUUUCCAUUUCUCCAAGGGCUUUACUGCCCCGCAGCUUGCACGUCUGAAUAUACUGGAGUGAAAUCUCAUCUGGAAUGAUCCCAAUAUUUAACCUUUGUACUAAGAUACUUGAAUGGUUUGCGUGAUGAAGGCUAAUCACUUUUAUUCUUUGUCUUUGUAAUGAACAAACUAUGGUGGCCGCAAGCAGCCUCCAGCAUGAGCAUCACUGAAUCCUGCUGUGGGAGGAGCCACUGUACAUAAUGCCAGCCUUACUCAUAAGGCCUUUUGGUAUUUUCUUAUGUGUACGACAUUAGAGCAAUUAAUAAAUGAAAAAAAAAAAUGUUUUAGGAC